AUGCAUGAUGUUCCCAUAGAAUUGAAGGAAGCCGAAAAGUCAUCUGAUAACUCCCAGAGUCAGUCAAACAAGCGAGAACAUUCUGAAACCCCUCCCGGUUCUCCCCGACAGCCAUCCCUAAAGAGAGUCAGAAGGGCGGAGCCAAGAGAAAAAAAGUCGCCAUUACUCCAGCUUCCACCAGAACUACGAAAUCAGAUUUACAACUUCGCUUUUACCCGUUCUUUCGUCAGGAUCACUGGUCAGUCGGUUUACGGCUACACUUGUGUCCGUUCAAAGUUCCUCUGGAAGUGCAAGAACGUGCGACAUUAUUAUGCAGGGAAUGAAGAAGCAAACUUGCCGGUUGCGUUCCUUGGAGCCUGCAAGCAAGUCCAUGCUGAAGCGCGUGCGGUACUCUACGCCAACGACUUCGACAUGGAAGGCAUGGAGACACUCGCCGUCUGGCUCAAAGACCUGGGAACUAAUACUGCCUGCCUGCGAACUAUUACGCUUCGGACUGAAGCUCAGAUGCGGUUGACGUUAUCGUCCUCAAGUAGUUUCAGGGCCCAGCAGGACCGGUAUCGGGAAGUCUGUCACAGGGCCGCCAGGAUGUUGGCUGGUGCCGAGAAUCUCCAGGCCCUGGGGAUACAUUUCUUUUACAACCAGAUGAUCGGCGCCCCGGCUCCGAGAGCAAUUCUCAAGCGACCUGAGCCUGUUUCCGGCUGGAUUGGUAUCGCCCGCCGAGUUGCGGAGGUACUUUACCAUGAUUUCCGGUCGGUGUACUCCAAAGGGUUAUCCCGGGGUCGCACUCCUGAAGACUUAUGCCGUGUCAUAAAAGUCAGCCGGAAUAACUGGUGGUGUAAUCGUCACGCGUUGACCCCACACAAACUCAAUGCCAAAGAGGCAAGAGAGGCCGAAGAGGAGCUUGGUCUUCAGAAAGACGGCGGCCUCUCUAAGUUAAUCAUACUAUCCGUGUGUUCCAUCAUCCCGAAUAAUAGAUUUGUCAAAGAUUUCAUAUCGGCCGGUUAUAUCAGAGCAUCAACACUCCCUGGUAUCUCACGGAAAGAAUCUGCCAUCGACAACCCCCAGCCUGACACAGACACAGCACUGGCAAGCAUCAAUUCUUCCAAGCCUGCAGAGCACCUUCUCAAAAUACCUGUGCGGGUAUGGCCUCGUCCCCGCACGCCUCCGUUCCAAACUGCGGACUCCAUCGACGGAAUACCCAAAGUUCUUCAAUCACCCUACUGGAAGAGAUUCUGGAAGAUGACAGUCAUAAGCCGAAACGCUCGUCGCUAUUCCUCUACGAGCCGGAUUCGUAUUUCAGGUGAACUCGCCUACACCCUUGUGUCCUCGAAACGAUCAACCUUUCGAUUACGACGAGGGAAUCUAACGCAAUUCCCAUUCACGGAACAAGUCGAUCUAUCGAUCCUUCAAACUUGCAAGCAGGUACUGGCUGAGGCACGUAGCAUCGUAUACUCUCGAACCAUCGACAUUACGGAUGAAGAGACGCUUCUUGUCUGGCUACGCGACAUUGGGCCGGACAACAGAUCUCAUCUACGCGACAUUGCCUUGCUUAUGCCGAGCACUUAUCCUCAGUGCCCAUUCAUAUCUGUUCGACAGAAGAUGGUUAUGACUAGGAAUCCCGCAAUGCUUGAAAGCUCUCCGAACCUCAAGCGAAUCCGGAUGAACCAUCUUGGAUUUGAAGGCAUGAUCGAUGUGAAUAAGCGCCUCAAGCUUCACAGAGAUGAACGGUCAAGUCCGCUGGUCACUGCAUCUCGUCACAUGGCUAAAUGGAUGUCCGUAUUCUUUCGACCCCUCCUGUGCAGUCCGUCUUUCCGCAGUCGAAGUCCUUCGGAGCUUUCUUCCUUGUUGGUGCUUGAGGAUCGCGCUUACGAUACCUGGCAUCUUUUGCGCAAUAACAAGCCCGGCUUUGGUUGGCCGAGUCUGAAAAGGGAGUUGGACGAGGCACAUGCAUCAUUUACUGAGCACAUGGAACUGCUACUUGAGAGAAGUCGGAAGAAGAAUCUCAGACGUCGCCAAAAGAAGCUUCAGCGGCGUAGCUAAUGUGUCCAAUGAAGGGAUUAUCGUCUGGUCGCGAUGUUCUCAUUGGAAUCGAAACAGAUAGCAGUACGUUAUGAGAAUUAAAAGAUGAGGAUACUGGUAGCUCUAGCGCACGGUCGGAAGAGCAAGCCUCUCGGUGGGCUGACCUCGGUGAGCAAUCGGUCUGGCUCACGCGAUACUCGGUGAGGCUAGAGAGGGUUGAAGCCGUCAUGACAAACAG